GGCCACGAUGCCGUCGCCGAAGCGCCCCCGGCGCACGCGCACGACCGCCACGGCGGCGGCCAGACCGGGUGCGUGACCCUGCAGGACCUGCAGGUUCAGCUCGAGGCGGAGCGCCUGUCGCUGGCGCGGCACCUCGAGGAGAGGCGGUGCGCCCAGGAGCGGAGGCUGGAGGACUUCGCGGAGCAGGUGGAGCAGGCCCUCGACCGGAACCUCAGGGCCGCUGGCGCGGCCGCCGGUGCGGCGGACGCGCGCCUGGCGGUGCUCGGGCGCGACGUCGCCGAGGUGCGCUCGGCCGUGGAGGAGGCCGCCACCCAG